AUGACGGAAGGAAGAUUCAAAACAUUGUUCUUUACCUUUUUAUUUGCUAUAAUAGCAUGUAUGGGUUAUAUGGUCUGUGGUACGUGGAUCGGAUGGUCGUCGACGGCCAUCUACCAGAUGAAAAACAACCAGACUGAGUUGGAUGUGACCAAUUACGGGACGAUGAUCUCCAUGUACGACUUGGGCAACAUGAUCAGCCCCAUACCAUGCGGUUAUGUUCUGGGAUUAUACGGGAGGAAGCGGACGAUCAGCGUCAUCGGUCCGAUGAACAUGAUCGCCUGGACCAUGAUGCUCACGUGGCCGUCCCGGUUGGAUGUGCUAUACUUGGCCAGGCUGUUCGCCGGACUGGCCAAGGGGAUGACAAUAUGCUCCGUACCAAUGUACGUGGGCGAAAUAGCCGAGGUCAAGUUACGGGGUGCUGUGUUGUCCAUGCUUCCGAUUUCGUUGGCGUUUGGCAUGCUAAGCACACAGACGAUCGGCCAGUUUCUGAAUUAUCGACAACUCAAUUUCCUGGGUCUGUCCUUGGCAACCGUGUUCACAUUUCUGUUCCUCUUGAUGCCUGAAUCCCCGUACUACCUGAUGCAGAAAGAUCGGAAGGAUGAAGCUGAGAAAUCGCUCAGACGUAUCCGCGCCAAGGAUGACGUUGCGGAGGAGUUGGCGAUGAUCGAGGAGACAGUCACCAAGCAGAUGCAGUCAAAGACAACGUACCGAGAGCUGUUCAUGACCAAGUCCAACCGGAGGGCUUUCAUCAUUACGACGGGAGCUUGCGUGUUUCAGAGACUGAGCGGCAUUAGUCCGUUCAUACACUUCACCUCGAUCACGCUGCCGUCCAAAAACUACUGGUUGAACCCGUUGGUGGCCGUCGUGGUGUUCUCCGUGAUCAAGAACAUCGGUAAUAUGGUGCCGCUGUUUUUGGUGGACUGGAUUGGCCGGAAGCCGCUGAUGGUGUUGUCGCACUCCGCGAUGGCCCUGGCAACGGCCGCGUACGCCGUCAGCCUGUACGCGGUGGCCAACGAGAACGGAGGCUCGUCGUUGGCGUGGUUGCCGGUGGUGUUGCUGUGGGUGUACGUACUGUCUUACUCGUUGGGCGCCGGAACGCUCGCUUACUUGCUGCUCGGCGAGAUGUUCGCGGCCAACGUCAAGACCAAGGCGGCCCCGUUGUGCGUCAUGCUCCAGUCCAGCGCCUCGUUCCUGCUGGACAGCAUCUACACGUUCGUCACCCAAGCGUUCGGCGUCCACUCCAAUUACUUCAUAUACUCGGCGUUGAACUUCAUUUGGGCCGUCGCCGCGGUGUUCGUCAUGAUCGAGACCAAGGGCAAAACCUUUUUGGAGAUAGAAGAGAUGCUCGCGGCUUGA